CGCUGCAGCCCAGGAGGCGGAGGCAACGGCGGCAGCAGAGGCGGCAACGUGCCCGCCGCAGUCGCCCCACCGCUUCGGACCCGCAUCCGCAGGUCCGCCAGCCGGCACCGCGCCGGGGCGCCCUCUCCACUGCGCGCGGUACAAGGAAAUGCUAGAACUAGUGAUCUCACCCAGCCUCACUGUAAACAGCACCUGUCUGGGUAAACUGAAGCUUACUGCUGACGCCGAUGUCCGCACUCUGAGUGACAGAGAAGGCGUCACCCCAUCGGCCCUUCCGCGUGUGUCCCAGCUCUUGGCGAGACCUUGCCCACGUGUCCUGCCCAGCCAACCUCCCACAGCCAUGGCAGCCUACGGCCAGACACAGUACAGCGCGGGGAUCCAGCAGGCCUCCCCCUACACAGCUUACCCACCUCCGGCACAAGCCUACGGGAUACCUUCUUACAGCAUCAAGACAGAAGACAGCUUGAACCAUUCCCCUGGCCAGAGUGGCUUCCUUGGCUACGGCUCCAGCUUCAGCACCCCACCCACUGGACAGAGCCCGUACACCUACCAGAUGCACGGCACGGCGGGGAUCUAUCAAGGAGCAAAUGGACUGACCAGCGCGGCCGGAUUCGGAAGUGUGCACCAGGACUACCCUUCCUACCCCAGCUUCCCUCAGAGCCAGUACUCCCAGUAUUACAGCUCCUCGUACAACCCGCCUUACGUCCCGGCCAGCAGCAUCUGCCCCUCCCCCAUCUCCACGUCCACCUACGUCCUCCAGGAUACGUCGCACAGCGUCCCCAACCAGAGUUCUGAGUCACUUGCGGGUGAAUAUAACACACACAACGGACCUUCCACACCAGCCAAAGAGGGGGAGACAGACAGGCCGCACCGGGCCUCCGACGGGAAGCUCCGAGGCCGGUCUAAGCGGAGCAGUGACCCCUCCCCGGCAGGGGACAACGAGAUCGAGCGUGUGUUCGUGUGGGACUUGGAUGAGACAAUAAUUAUUUUUCACUCCUUACUCACGGGGACUUUUGCAUCCAGAUAUGGGAAGGACACCACGACAUCCGUGCGUAUCGGCCUGAUGAUGGAGGAAAUGAUCUUCAACCUCGCAGACACGCAUUUGUUCUUCAAUGACCUGGAGGAUUGUGACCAGAUCCAUGUCGACGAUGUCUCAUCCGAUGACAAUGGCCAAGAUCUAAGCACGUACAACUUCUCCACCGAUGGCUUCCACAGUUCGGCCCCAGGAGCCAACCUGUGCCUGGGCUCCGGCGUCCACGGCGGCGUGGACUGGAUGAGGAAGCUGGCCUUCCGCUAUCGGCGGGUCAAGGAGAUGUACAACACCUACAAGAACAACGUUGGCGGCUUGAUAGGAGCUCCCAAAAGAGAGACCUGGCUGCAGCUCAGAGCUGAACUGGAAGCCCUGACCGACCUCUGGCUGACCCACUCCCUGAAGGCACUAAACCUCAUCAACUCCCGGCCCAACUGUGUCAACGUGCUGGUCACCACCACUCAGCUAAUCCCUGCGCUGGCCAAAGUGCUGCUGUAUGGGCUGGGCUCCGUGUUUCCCAUCGAGAACAUCUACAGUGCGACCAAGACAGGGAAGGAGAGCUGCUUCGAGAGGAUAAUGCAGAGGUUCGGCCGGAAGGCCGUCUACAUCGUCAUUGGCGACGGGGUCGAAGAGGAGCAGGGAGCGAAAAAGCACAACAUGCCCUUCUGGCGGAUAUCCUGCCAUGCCGACCUGGAGGCGCUGAGGCACGCCCUGGAGCUGGAGUAUUUAUAGCAGAGCCCGCGGAGUCUCCACCUGCCCCCCACGGUGUGUCCCCCACCCAGGCCCCUCGCCUUCCCGCUGGACACUGGGCAGGGUCCGUGAAGCCAGAGGACGAGUCCGGUGACCAUCUCAGUAGAUGUCCUUUCAGUCCAAACGCGGGUCUUGGGAAGCAGAGUACCCAACCGUGGCUUCGGAAUAUUUAACUUUGGGGAAAAGGGCUGAUGCGGAGUCCAGACUUUUCCACAGUCUCACGGAACAAAAGCAAGGAAUUGCUGGUUGGGGGGGGGAGGGCUGGUGAUGAGGAGGGGACAGGCUCAGUUUUUUUCUCUUCUUAAUUUAUGGACUAAUCUCAUUACUCCGGUAUUAUGCUCUCACACCUGUGUUGUUGGUGUUCCUAGUCGUUGGUCUGGUUUUGGUUUUCACUUGGCGUGUGGGGAGGUGCACAGUUCGGACUGAAGCCGUCUGCUCCAGUCGUGCUUUGGGGGGACAAACAUCUUUGAACAACGGGCGAGGGAGGCGAUUCGGGGCUGUGGGAAGACUAUUGCUUAUUUUUGUGUUUAAGGACUUAACCUGACGUCAUGUGGACAGUGCACGUGCCUUAUGCUGCCAUCUUGUUUUCUAGGACGAGGGGACCCUGGGGAGGAGGCGGUACUUUGUGACGGAGAAAAGGCAUUAAAU